AUGCUUGUUGGUUUCUUUUCUCUGCUCCUUAUCACAGGUGGAAAUGCCUCUGAUUCUGACCAACAAGAGUUUUAUGAUGAUUACCCGAUGCCCAAUCUAACAAUGGGAUUUAUGCCAGUGUCAUUUGAAAUGGAGGACCUGGAGCCAGAGAUUUUUCCUCUAAUCUUUGAAGACAUUCGAGUUGAUAUAAUUUCAGCAAAUGAAGUAAACAUUUCAGAGAACUGCAGUUUUGAUGCUGUUUUGAAACACCUGAAUCUGACCGGAAACAGUGACAUGUACUCUCUGAGUCGACCUGUUAAACACCAUCGUCAUCUGACAUGGCUAUUUCUAGAAAUGAAGAUCUACGCAAUCCUAGAUGUGAGAGAAACUGACCAGACUUUUAUUUCUUACAUUUGGAUUUAUUUGAGAUGGGAUAAUGAACACAUUUGGUGGUAUCCAAAUGACUUCUGUGAACUUGACCAUAUAUUAGUGCCUGCAAAACUUUUGUGGAUGCCAGAUCUGACCAUAGAAGAGAUGACAGAACAGGACAAAGCCAGUCCAAGUCCUUAUCUCAACAUAAGGAGUCAUGGUUGGGUUGAAUAUAGAAAUGACCAGGUGGUGAUCAGCACCUGCAAGAUGCACGUAUACAAAUUCCCAUUUGAUAUUCAGAGCUGCAACAUCUCCUUCAAGUCAAUUAUGUACUCUGAUAAAGAACUGAAAUUAUUCUACAACAAAAACAACACAGUGAUCACUGAGUGGUCUCGGGAAGCGAUGCAGACGCAGUACGAGUGGCUAUUCAUCAGCAUGACAGUGACAGACAAAACUGUCAAGCAUUUUGGUUUCAACCAAACAAUGAUUAUUUACACUAUCAAGAUGAAGAGGAGGUCUGUCCUCUACAUUGCAAACUUCUUGCUGCCCGUCCUCUUCUUUUUGUGUCUGGACUUGGCCUCCCUCCUGAUGUCAGACAGUGGGGGUGAGAAGGUUGGCUUCAAAAUCACUGUGCUGCUUGCCGUCACAGUGAUGCAGCUAAUCCUCAAUGAAAUUCUGCCUUGUUCAUCUGACAGGAUCCCACUCAUAGCUGUCUACUGCAUUGGGAUUUUUACUCUGAUGCUGUUCAGCCUCUUGGAGACCAUUUUGGUGAUGCAUCUGAUAAAUAAAGAUUCUGAACCCCAGGAAAAUGAAACACAAAUAAAGCAAAGCCUGAAUGAAAAUCACAUGAACAAAUGGAACAAUUUCCACUGCUGUAUUAGAGGAAUAAAGAAACAAAGUGACUGCACAUCUGUCAGUAAGGGAUCAGCUGAUCAAUCAUACUCCAUGACCAAAGAGGACAGCAGCAACCAUCUGACCAAGGUGUCACUCACAUUAGAAAAAGUCUCAGAUGAGCUGGAGGAGAUUAAGAAAGCUGUUGCUCUACUCAGCAACAGAAAGGAAGAUGGAAAACCUGGCUACUGGACCAGAUUGGCUAGAAAAAUUAAUAAGUUCUUCACAUUUUUCUAUGUCACAUCAGUCAUUCUGUUUCUACUCAUGAUCUUUUCAGUGUGGAUCUUAGCAUGAAGCUAGCAACGCAAAGGUUUGAAAACAUGUUCAAGGU